UGCCUCUUCAUAAUGUCAAAAUCAAAGACAUUGAUACCCGAUACAACGGCAGCAUCUCAGCAUGUAACCAAUAAAGACCUCAGUUGCUUACGAUGCCGGAAAAAGAAAGCAAAGUACGUUGUACCUUUUUUUUUGUUCUCUGUCUGACAAGAAAAGGCAUAAAAAAGGGGGGUUUGGGGGAGAAAGAACUUCCCAUUCUCACUCAAGGUGGUCCAUGCCAACGCGAUCCUUUUAGAUGUUCCAAAACAAGGCCGACAUGUCUACGCUGCGCUCGUUCCAAUCAGACGUGUGAAUACCCGGAUGCCCCGCCAAAUCUGACGAAUUUAUCGCAAAAGGUCCUGGAUCUGUAUGACACACUUCGGGAAUUGGAAGGUCAUUUUCUCGACAAGUAUAUGCAUACGAUGAAUGACGAUCAAGACCUUGCGGAUGACCACGACAAUAAGCCCGACACCAGCCCGACGCCACUUACCGAGUCGCCCAUGGUCUCUGUUUCCUUUGAUUGUUCAUCGCGUCUUCCUUCCGCGGAUCCACCAUCGUUAACGGCCGAUCACGAAACCCCACCUUCCAAUUGGUCCAUCGUUUUGAGCAUUGAUGGGCUGUCGCUUCAGACAUGCGCCCGAACCUUGACAGAAUUUCGCAGUGUGGCUUACGAUCUAGCCCACCAGUUGUGUCGUGAUUUUGGUGAAGAAUAUCUACCCAGUGGAUGGGAUAUCGAUCAUGACGCAGAAUACGAAAGCGAUUACGAACUGGAGGAGGACGAAUAUCUCGUCACGGUGCCCAUCUUCUCCAUCGAGUCCUUGCUUCCAUCAAGUCCUGUCACCCCACCCGCAUCGUCUCGAAUAUCGACUGCGGUCAUUGAUCCAUCGCAAACCACCUUUGACCCUCAUCUUGCUCACUUUGUUCACGAAAUAGAAUCCAAAUCUCAUCUCAUUUCCGAUCAACCUACGCCUUUUCCUCACCUUCUUCCGCUCCUGAAAGAAUUAUAUCCACUAUCCUUGGCACCUGCUCCUUUGAUCGACAGUCACGAUUACAUUCCCUGGCGAUUAUCCGUUGUCACCGCUUACAUUGCCUCCGUCUCAUUAUUGGAUCCUCCCUCUGGACCGUCCCCCAGCAUAUCGUGGCAGCCCAUGGCUGCUUAUGCCACUAGUUUAUUAAUUGACGGUUUACUGCAACUGGAUGGCUCACCGGGCUAUGUCUACCCUUUGUGUGCGACCGUGCUUGCCUGGGUUCACACUGUCAUGAACGACACGGCAUGUAUACAGUCACUGAUGCACAUCGCUGUACGGUCUUUACUUUGUACCAAUGACUGGCGAUCGCUGGCCGAUCCCUGUUGGUCGAUUCUUAUCUCCUGUCUUGUCCACCUCAACGUCUACGUCUCGAUUUUCUGGUGCCAGUGUCCGCCGCUGGGAGGUGGCACCUUGACGGAGAUGUGGCAUGUGGCGGCGCAGCUGAAGCAGUCAUCUGUACAACGCAUUGCCAGUCUUGGAAUUCAAACGGAGUUGAUCCAUCUUCUGGAUAACGUGCUUGGACUGUUUUACAAAGUGAAUAUCGAUGAGUGCCGCAAUCCACCCAUGCUCGUUCGAAAACUGGACGUCGAUGAUGUCUUGUCCCUGGUUCGCGAUCUGGAAAAUUGGGAACAGCAACUGCCUUCUUGGGCGCAAUGGAAAGCAACGAUAAGCAGUGACACGACGGAACUUCCUACGCAGUACUGGCAUAUACACAUGAUCUACAACAUCACGCAAAUUCUGCUGUAUCGACCAUUUUGCACCGAGUUCACCAAUGAUGGAGUCGUGUUAUCGGAAGAACAGACACACACAAAAUCGACGUUUCUCGACAUGUCCAUGACGGCCGCCCAUCGAUUGGCCGAGUGUCUGGGGCACAGGAUCAAAGACAAGCAUUGGAAUCAAGCCGCACAAGUAUUGAUUGAGGAUGUUUUCCAUCGUGUACGGCAAACGUUUGACAGCGAUCCAGAGAUUCUGCAAGAGAUUGAACAGAGCCAGACAAUUUUAAAAGCCGCCCUGGAUAGAAUAAAGUUGCCAUAACCAUGGUCGCACACUUCAUUGCCCUUUGAGUCGCUCGUACUACGUACCGCGUGCAACUCCAUAAAAAAGGCCCUUUUCUUGCUGAGCAUUGCACUACCUUUUUUACUUGCUGUCUUCCCUUUUUAGAAUUUUCAAUUGAAAUGGCACGGCUGGCCAGUGGGUUAGUUGGCUGGGUGAUUGGAUGCUUAUUCUUGAUGAUGGUGCCUUCCCAGGCGUUCUACAUUGGAGGUGAUACGUACCGCGCUUACAAGAUGGGUGAGCGU